UGUGAUAAAAACCGGAAUACCGAGUAGUCGAUGAAUCCGUUUAAAUUUGUAUCGUCAGCUGUCUAUAAUAAUGUUAUCAUUUUCAUCAUUCAGAACCGAUGAGUAAUGUCUACAAUGUUUACAUUAUAAUCUUUCACGUUCGAUGCGUCUCGUUCUACGUAAUAGUUUCACAUGUGCAUAAUAAUUAUUUAAUUUGUUAAUAGAUUUUACUUAUUAGUUGUUUGUUAAUUUUUCAUCCAAUUUUAUUGUUGAUCUUCUUCGUUUCUCAAUACUUGGGAUAGUGCUGAAGAUUUAUUCUCAAGAGAGUGUUGAAUUGAAUUGUCUUCCGAAAAUGAAUGUACUCAUAUCUUGCACUAUUUGUCAAGAGGACUUAUUUACUGGCGAGGAUGACGAAUCAAUCAGCUCCACAAAUUGCGGUCACGUCUACCACUCCCACUGUCUUCUCCAAUGGAUGGAAAGAUCAAAAACAUGCCCUUACUGCCGGACCGUUCUGGAGAAUGAUGGUGUAUUCAAGUUGAAUUUACUCCUUGAAAAAACACCUGCGGUUCCGAGUACAGUAAAAUUUGAAGAGUUCGGGAAUCGUGUGAAACUUUUAUGUAAAAAUGUCAAAUCGGAUUUAAAAAGAGCAGUGGAAAGACGUGUAACAAAAUGUAACGAGUUGAGGAUUAGCAUAAACGAAUUGGAAAAGUUCGUACUGCAGUACAUUGGCGAUACCGAAUCUGAUGUGAGCAAAGAAUUGUCGGAAACUAUUAACGAAAUAUUAAAAACCAUGGAAAGUGUUUAUGAACGUGCAGAAUUGGCCAGUGAACGAUUGAGGACUAAAAACAAGGAACUAGAGAAUCGAGUGCAAUGUCUCCUGCGCAGCGAAUCCAGUUUGAAAAAUGAAGUAGCCGCGAAAAAUAAGAAAUUGCAAAAAAAGAAAGAAGACAUUGAAACGGCGAAUUUGAUGAACGAGAAAUUGAAGGAAAAAAAUGAAGAAUUGGAGAGUGGUAUUAAAGAACACUUGGACACAACAGAUUAUUUGAACGACAUGUUGGAGAGAGAAACUGAUAGAUGGGAGAUGGCGAGGGAAGAAUUGGCCGAAGCGAACUUGGCGAGUGAAAAAUUGAUGGAAAAGAAUGAAGAAUUGAAGCUUAGUAUUGAACAACACUUGAAAGUUGAAGCUGAUUUAAAAAAGAAGUUGAACACAGAAACUGCAGCAUUAAAGAACGUGACGGAAAAUCUUAGAAAAGCGAACUUGGCCAAUAAAGAAUUGAAAGCAGAAAAACAGGAGUACGAAGUUGAUAAUUUGAAAUCCAAGGAUAAAAUUGAAAAAUUAGCUAAAUAUUUACGGGAGCAAAAAAAGAGUAUUUCAUUGGAAUUGGAAAAAAUUAGUGAAAAUCGUGAAAAAUUGGAAAGAACAGUGCGACCAAAAAAAAAAGAAACCGAAAACCAAGCUACCUAUACUCGUAUAGAGGAGAAACGAUGCAAUGCUGGAAAUUGAAGAAUUGAAGUGAGAUUGAAAAACUUUAUAUUAUACGAAUAUAAUAUGGAUCCGUGUUAGCCUUUGAAUAAUACGAGUGUUUGAUAUUUCGUUUUUAAAUAUUUUUUUCGGGUUCGAUCGAACGAUUUGGCAAAUCUACUUACUGAAUUGAAAAAUAAACUUGAGUAGGUACUGAACUGAGUAAUGGAUGAAUAGCGUUCUCUGUCAAAGAAUUCGAGGAAAGGAUUGAAUUAAUGGUAUUUUUUAAAAUUUACAUUUAAAUGUCUUUUCGUUUUCAUUGAGUAUACUUCAAGUUACUUUUUGAUUUUAUAAAAUUUUACAACAUGUGAUACCUAUCAUCUUUUCAGUACCUUUCGUGAAUUUUUGUAAUCGUUGAUUUUGUAGAACCAGAGAAAUGCCUAUCUUUGUUAAUUUAUAUGUAUUUGUAAGAUGCACGCGAACAUUAAAAAUAUUUUUUUAGUUCUGUAUCCAUGUUCUCGUACCUAUUCAAAUUGUGAUUACCUAUCUAUUCUUUAGUGUAGCUAUUAUUAUUUUCUAUGAUAUAUUUUUCAGAAUUUACGAAUUUAUAAUCAUUAAUAUAGGCUAUUUAUUGUGUUGAAGAUUACCUACUUCUAAU